GUGGUCUUCUUCUGUAUGAAGCAGACCACGUGUCCGAGGAGCAUCUGCAUCAAGAUGGUGUGCAGUCCGUGGUUCGAGCGCAUCAGCAUGAUGGUGAUCCUCCUCAACUGUGUGACUCUGGGAAUGUACCAGCCCUGUGAGAACAUCGACUGCUCCUCGGACCGCUGCCAAAUACUGCAGGCCUUUGAUGCAUUCAUCUACAUGUUCUUCGCGUUGGAGAUGGUGGUCAAAAUGCUCGCCUUGGGGAUUUUUGGACAACGCUGUUACCUUGGCGACACGUGGAACCGACUGGACUUCUUCAUUGUCAUGGCCGGGAUGGUGGAAUACUCCCUGGACCUACAGAACAUCAACUUCACCUCCAUCAGGACAGUGCGGGUACUGCGGCCCCUCAAAGCCAUCAACAGAGUCCCAAGCAUGCGUAUCCUGGUGAACCUGCUCCUGGACACUCUCCCCAUGUUGGGAAACGUUCUUCUUCUCUGCUUCUUCGUCUUCUUCAUCUUCGGCAUCAUCGGUGUGCAGCUGUGGGCGGGGCUUCUGAGGAACAGGUGCUACCCCGAGCACAACUUCACCCUCUCCUCGGGCCUCUCUCUGCCGAAGCCGUACUACAUGGCGGAUGAGGAUGACGAGCGGCCCUUCAUCUGCUCUUUGCCCUGGGACAACGGCAUCAUGUCGUGCAGGGACGUGCCGGCGCGGAGGGAGGGAGGCCGGACCUGCUGCCUGGACAAGGACGACGCCCUCUACAGGCAGAGUCUGGGGUUGGCCGUGGAGCCUCUGACCAACGGCACCCUGAGCGUGGCCGGGCUGUGCGUGAACUGGAACCAGUACUACACCCGCUGUGGGACGGGACACAGGAAUCCGCACAAAGGAGCCAUCAACUUCGACAACAUCGCCUACGCGUGGAUCGUCAUAUUCCAGGUCAUCACUCUGGAGGGAUGGGUGGAGAUCAUGUACUACGUGAUGGACGCUCACUCCUUCUACAACUUCAUCUACUUCAUCCUCCUCAUCAUCGUGGGCUCGUUCUUCAUGAUAAACCUGUGCCUGGUCGUCAUAGCGACUCAGUUCUCGGAGACGAAGCAGCGCGAGCACCAGCUGAUGCAGGAGCAGCGGGCGCAGUGCUCGUCCAUGUCCACGCUGGCGUCCGAGCCGGGAGACUGCUACGAGGAACUCUUCCAGCUCGUGUGCCACAUGUUCCGGAAGUUCAGGAGGCAGACGGUCAACUUCUUCUACGCUCUCCGAGGAAAACCACGCGGAUUCAGAGGGGUCGGGAGGGGCAGAGUGGAGGACCCGCGGGAGAGGAGGGUGAAUGGGAGAGGACGGAGAGAUAAGAGGCCCAGGAACAGACACGCUCUCCCUUGCCCUCACCACCCCAAAGCAGACAGCUCCGAGUCGGACCCCUGCCCUCAGUGCUCCAAGGCCCAGUGCGACGGGGCGGGGCCUAAGCAGGAAGAGAAGGAGGGGGAGGAGUCGGACGGAGCGCGGCAAAACGGGAAGUGUAGCACGGAUCUGUGGUUCAACACCAGGAUGAAGCUGUGGGCCAUCGUGGAGAGCAAAUACUUCAACCGAGGAAUCAUGAUCGCCAUUUUGAUUAACACCAUCAGCAUGGGCAUCGAGCACCACCAGCAGCCGGACGAGUUGACGAAUGUGUUGGAGAUCUGUAACAUCGUCUUCACCAGUAUGUUCUCUCUGGAGAUGAUCCUAAAGCUCACAGCCUUUGGCUCCUUCAACUACCUGAGGAACCCUUACAAUGUCUUUGACGGCAUCAUCGUCAUCAUCAGUGUUUGUGAGAUCGUCGGACAGUCCGAUGGAGGUCUCUCUGUUCUUCGCACGUUCCGGCUCCUACGUGUCCUCAAGCUGGUCCGGUUCAUGCCUGCCCUCCGGAGGCAGCUCGUGGUACUGAUGAAGACCAUGGACAACGUGGCCACCUUCUGUAUGCUGCUCAUGCUCUUCAUCUUCAUCUUCAGUAUCCUGGGAAUGCACAUCUUUGGCUGUAAGUUCAGUUUGAAGACUGAGACCGGAGACACUGUUCCUGACCGCAAAAACUUUGACUCUCUGCUCUGGGCCAUCGUCACGGUGUUUCAGAUCUUGACUCAGGAGGACUGGAACGUGGUCUUAUAUAACGGGAUGGCGGCUACCUCUCCUCUGGCCGCGCUGUACUUCGUGGCUCUCAUGACCUUUGGGAACUACGUCUUGUUCAAUCUGUUGGUGGCCAUCCUGGUGGAGGGCUUCCAGGCGGAGGGAGAUGCAAAUCGAUCCUACUCUGACGACGACCACUCCUCCUCCAACUUCGACGAGAGCGAGAAACACGACUCUAUAAAGCUAUCAGACCCAAGGAUUUGCACUUUGACCCCGAACGGUCACCUGGAGCUGGGGUCUCGGGGGUCGUACAGUUCUGAGAGGCGGAGCUUCGGAGAGUCCAGGAAGUCCAGCAUCAUGAGCAAAGGCAGUUUGGAGAGGAGGUCUCUGUCUCUGCGCCAUGGCCGCAGUUCCAACUACCACAACUGGGGGCGCCCUUUACCUCCACAUGCUGGGUGGAGCCGAAGGUCCAGCUCUAACAGUCUGGGCAGGAGGAGUUAUGGUCUAGUGGGGGGCAGCCUGCGCAUCCACAGCAGCCGCUCGCCUCACCCAUUCCCCUUCGCUCCGGAGCAAGAGUCCCUCCUGUCCCACCCCGCGUUACCCCACCACAACCCGCACCACCCCCACCACCCCCACAACCUUCCUCCACCCCCUCUGCUGUCCCGCAACUACGGCACCAGGCGGGACAGACGGGCACAAUCUCUGGAGCUGCCCGAGAACCUGCUAAGAACCUCUAAUGUGGCUAACGUCACUAAUGUGGCUAAUGUGGCUAAUGUGGCUAACGCUCCUCCAGCUAGCCUCGCCCACGGCCUCCAGGAUUCCGGGCGGAGGAGCGGCGGGUCGGGGGCCGGGUCGGUCGCCGGGGCAUCCGUGUUGGGAAGCGGAGGGUUUGGGACGGAUCACAGGGAUUGUAACGGGAAAGCGCCGCACACAACGCUAAUGACGGAAGUGUAUCCCCAAGUCAACGCCAAGAAAGACAGAGCCGACCUGGACGAAGAGACCGACUAUAGCAUCUGUUUCCGGGUGCAGAAGAUGAUGGAGGCAUACAAACCCGAGUGGUGUGAGAGUCGAGAGGACUGGUCUGUGUACCUCUUCUCCCCCCAGAACAAGUUCCGUCUGCUGUGUCAGUCCAUCAUCGCUCACAAACUCUUCGAUUACGUGGUGCUGGUGUUCAUCUUCUUAAACUGCAUCACUGUGGCUCUGGAGAGGCCCCGGAUUCUGCAGGGAAGUCUGGAGCGCCUGUUUCUGACCAUCUCCAACUACAUCUUCACCGCCAUCUUUGUUGCCGAGAUGACCCUCAAGGUGGUGUCCUUGGGCCUGUACCUGGGGGAGAAGGCGUACCUCCGCAGCAGCUGGAACAUUCUGGACGGGUUUCUGGUCUUUGUGUCUCUCAUCGAUAUUGUUGUGUCCAUGGCCGGAGGAGCCAAGAUCCUGGGAGUCCUGCGUGUGCUCAGGCUGCUCCGGACGCUCCGCCCACUCAGGGUCAUCAGUCGUGCUCCAGGUCUGAAGUUGGUCGUUGAGACUCUGAUCACGUCUCUCAAACCCAUCGGAAACAUUGUGCUGAUCUGCUGCGCCUUCUUCAUCAUCUUCGGCAUCCUCGGAGUCCAGCUUUUCAAAGGAAAGUUCUACUACUGCGUGGGCCUCGACGUCAAAAACAUCACAAAUAAAUCCGACUGCCUGGCUGCGAAUUACCGAUGGGUGCACCACAAGUAUAAUUUUGACAAUCUUGGGCAGGCUCUGAUGUCCCUGUUCGUUUUAGCCUCUAAAGACGGAUGGGUCAACAUCAUGUACCACGGCCUGGACGCAGUGGGCAUCGACCAACAGCCGGUCACCAACCAUAACCCGUGGAUGCUGCUGUACUUCAUCUCCUUCCUGCUCAUCGUCAGCUUCUUCGUGCUCAACAUGUUUGUGGGUGUGGUGGUGGAGAACUUCCAUAAGUGCAGACAGCAUCAGGAGGUGGAGGAGGCCCGGAGGAGAGAGGAAAAGAGACAGAAGAGGCUCGAGAAGAAGAGACGAAAAGCCCAGAAAACCCCAUACUACGCGUCCUAUGGCCCAGCCCGGCUCUCCAUCCAUUCCCUGUGCACCAGCCACUACCUCGACCUGGUCAUCACCUUCAUCAUCUGCAUCAAUGUCAUCACAAUGUCCCUGGAGCACUACAGCCAACCUCUGUCCCUGGAGACAGCUCUGAAAUACUGUAACUACUUCUUCACCUCCACGUUUGUGAUCGAGGCGUCGCUCAAACUGGUGGCCUUUGGGUUCAGACGAUUCUUCAAAGACAGGUGGAACCAGUUGGACCUGGCCAUCGUGCUGCUGUCGGUGAUGGGCAUCACUCUGGAGGAGAUUGAGAUCAAUGCGUCUCUGCCCAUCAACCCCACUAUCAUCAGGAUCAUGAGGGUCCUACGCAUCGCCAGAGUGCUGAAGCUGCUGAAGAUGGCCACAGGGAUGAGAGCUCUCCUGGACACGGUGGUGCAGGCCCUGCCUCAGGUGGGGAAUCUGGGCCUGCUCUUCAUGCUUCUGUUCUUCAUCUACGCCGCUCUGGGAGUCGAGCUGUUUGGAGAGCUCGUGUGUAACGCAGACUACCCGUGCGAGGGCAUGAGUCGACACGCCACCUUUGAGAACUUCGGCAUGGCCUUCCUCACUCUGUUCCAGGUUUCUACAGGAGACAACUGGAACGGCAUAAUGAAGGACACCUUGAGGGAGUGCCCGCUUGACGGCCCGGGCUCAGACUACGGGUGCCACGCAGGUCUACAGUUCAUCUCUCCUCUGUACUUCGUGUCGUUCGUGCUCACGGCGCAGUUUGUCCUGAUAAACGUGGUGGUGGCGGUUCUCAUGAAACAUCUGGACGACUCGAACAAAGAGGCGCAGGAGGACGCAGAGAUGGACGCCGAGAUCGAACUGGAGCUGGCACAGGGGGGGCUCUGUUGCAUGAUGGGAAAUAUCGGGGCGAUCGCCGGGGCCACAGCCGCAGCGGGAGGGGCGGUCGUGGGCGGGCCUUUGGGGGGGCUGGGCGGAGCCACCGGAGCAGUGCCUGUAGCUGCGACUGUGGGACCACCGGGGGGAGCUGUGAUAAGGGACGCAGGAGGAGGACAUGAAGGAGUCACGCAUCACCACCAUCGCUGUCGACUGUACUCACCUGCACAGGAGAGCCAGUGGUUGGACAGCGUGUCUCUGCUCAUAAAGGACUCUUUGGAGGGCGAUCUGAUUGACAACCUCUCGGGCUCCGUGUUCCACAGCUACAGCUCUGCCCCUGUGAGCGCAGACUCCAGAGGCCACCCCCCCGAGAUCCGGUUAGCUGAAGUGGAGCAGGCGUCGCUAACGUCGGAACAGCUCUCAGACAAGUCUUCUUCUCCUGCUCUACCCGACGACCUCAGCCUGGACGACAACACCAGCCUGCAGCUCCACCACAGGCACAACAAGAGAGGCAGCAGCGAUUCACAGAGUUCAGAGGAGCGUCCAGUGCAGAGGGUGUUCUGUGGUCUACGGUCUAACUCUGGCAGCUCCGACGAGGGAGUCCUGAUCCAGACCAGAGACCAGACCAGAAUCCAGACCAGAGACCAGACCAGAGACCAGACCAGAGACCAGACCAGAGACUUGGUCCAGACCCGGGUCCAGAGGGGGGUCUUGGAGGGCUCUGAGAGGGGCAGAUGUCCUGACCAGAGUCCAGAAACAUGCAGAGAUCCUAAAGUCAUCUGCAGUGGUUCUUCGGGGGGUCUCUUCUCUCUCCCUGCAGACUUCUUCCACCCGGCCUCAGCUCCAGGCUCUGGCCCCAGCCCUCGCUCCUCCCUCAGCCCAGGAUCCAGAGCUCUCUGUGGGCCACACUCUCCAGCGUCCUGGGCCUCGCUCCGGUCUCCAGGGGCUAACGACAGAACAUUAGGAUCACAGACUGCGUCGUCUCUGGACAUGGGCGGUUCAGACCCCACACCUCCCAUAGACCUGCCCCAGGACCAGCACCCGAGUUUGGGCAUGAGGGAGCACCAGGGCCCCCCUCUGCUGAAGAGACGCACCACACUACAGGCCACCAGGGGUCACCAGCGCAGCCAGAGCAGCGGUGGAGGCCAGCAGGACUCGGUGGAGCCGUCAGAAGAAGAGAGGUCACAGGUCACCAAAAGCGACCUUUCACCUGAUGCUCCCAACAGUCUGUCCCUCUCCUCUCUGCUCACUCCUUGCUCCAUAGCGCCCCCGCUCAUCAAGAAAUGCAACAGCACAGGCUCACUGGACAAGGCCCGGGCCAAAGACGCUCUGUUAACAAACCUGUGGUCCCAGAGACAACCAGAGGAGCAGGACGAUAGUUGCGAAAUCACAGAUUCUAACUCCAGAAAGAAGAGAUGAAACGCUAACUGAGGCUAG